UUUGACAUAAAAAAAAUCACAGCUAUACUCAAAUAACGUUACUACAUACUCGAACAAUCUCAAUCAAAAUAAACAACCGGAACUCAUACAUGGAUUCACUAGGCCGUUCGCAACACCGCUUAGCCGAAGCUCAUUAACUUUGUAAUGUUUUCAUACCAGCUAAUCAGUAUGAGGUAAUUGUGAUAAUUCGACGCUGAUGUUCCUCUUAAGACCGGUCGUCCGCCUGCAAUGUCGGCUCUCGAAGGUCUAAUAAUAAUAUCUUUCCAUUUAGUCGAUAUAUAGCAGUUAAACACGACGCCACGAUACAGUUGUAAGCACACGGUUAAUUGUUCAACAUUGUUGAUCAACAAUGAAUUUGCAAGUGCUGAUCGUCAGUGUACUAAUUAGUUUUGUAUUGUUUUUCUGUAGUUGUAACGCGAAAUUGGCACCCGACUACAUUCGACCAUGCAACGACACAUCCCGAGAAUGUCUGGUGAAGUCAACACAGGAUGCGAUCCCAGAAUUCGUCAAAGGGAUCCCUGAACUUGGUGUCGUUUCCUUGGAUCCCUUCGUCAUCGAAAGACUGUCCAUCCCUCUAAGUGGAUUAACCUUCACCUUCUAUAAGGGAAAAGUGACGGGAUUCAGAAAAUGCAUCGUCGAUGACGUCUUGUCAAACCUAGAAAAGCGUCACUUUGCCCUCGCUUUUCACUGUAACCUCACAAUCAAAGGCACUUAUGACGCCGUCGGAAGAAUCCUUCUAUUCCCCAUUGACGGCGCGGGUGAGGCCAAAAUACGCCUUACUAAUCUUAGAAUGAAGGUCGAUAUAAACACAAAAUACGUCAAAGACAAAGAUGGUGUCAAUCAUUUUGGUUUGAAGAAUUAUAAAUACACUUUCGACUACGGAGAUCGUGUUUCAUUUGACCUUGAAAACUUAUUCAAGGAAAGCAAGGAGCUCAGUACCACAGUGCUACAUUUCCUAAAUGAAAAUUGGCGAACAGUAGCAGAAGAAUUUGGAAAACCUAUCGUGGACUAUGCAGUAGACUUGGCAGUAAAAACAAUUGAAAAGUUCUUUGUCGCAGUACCCUACGAAGAACUGAUAAAUGUACCCAUUCCUAAAUUCUAAAGUGAUAAUAAUUUUAUGUACAUUAGUUAGUUUUAAAAUAUAACUUGGUUUUAAGAUAUCAUUGAGUUUAAUUGCUAAGAUAUCACGUCGUGAAAUGUCACCAGAUAAUUUAAAGCAUUAAAUGUUUACUGUAAUUUAAACUUUAUGACAUGGUAAUAAGAGCUUUGUGAGAGAUCAUUCGUUUUGGAAAUAUCUAUUCAUUUGUCUUUGUAAGACGCGAGAGUCACGCCCUUCCCGCGUUUUCUUCAUCUUGACAAAAUCCUUUCCUAUUACUUGAGGCGUUAGAUUUUUUACACUGCCUUUGCUACUAAUGGCAAGUGAGUGAAAGACUUAAAAAAUCAAGCAGUUACAUCUUAUCGCCCAUUUUCUUAAGUACUUUGAAAAAAGUUCUAUGCUUGCACAAAAAUACUUACAUCAAAUUUGUGCGUUUAGCUUUGUUUUUACAAAAGCAAA